UGUGCGCGCCCGAUGACGUCAUGGCGAGUGUCGUCAUCAGCAGCACUACCGAAGUGGACGCGAGAAGAGUUCGAUUCAUUCAACGAGCUGAAAGAAUCCAACAUGGCAGGACGGGAGCGCAAACAAACGGACACGGAUAAAGGGAUUGUGAUCCCGGAUGACUGGCCCGGUUACCCGCUCGCCCUGUUCACCUCACCCGAGCAUUACUGCGACGACCUGGACUGCGUCUACAUCCCACACGGAGUCAUCAUGGACAGGACAGAGAGACUGGCCAGAAACAUCAUGGAUGAUCUUGGCGAUCAUGACAUCGUGGUGCUGUGUGUGCUGAAGGGAGGUUAUCAGUUCUGCGCUGACCUGGUGGACUGCAUCAAAGUCCUGUGCCGACACUCCAACAAGACCCUUCCCAUGAGGGUGGACUUCAUCCGGCUCAAGAGCUACCUGAAUGACCAUUCAACUCAAGAUCUUCACAUAGAAGGAGCCGAGAACCUGUCUGUGCUGAGUGGAAAGAACGUCCUGAUUGUGGAGGCCAUCGUGGACACUGGAAAGACCAUGAAGACUCUGCUGGAUCACGUCCAAGCCUUCGGCCCUAAGAUGAUCAAAGUAGCUGGUUUGCUGGUGAAGCGGGUGCCCAGUGGGACAGGAUAUCUGCCAGACUAUGUUGGAUUUGAGAUCCCUAAUCGCUUUGUGGUUGGCUAUGCCUUGGAUUACAACGAAUACUUCAGAGAUCUCAACCACAUCUGUGUGAUCAGUGAACGAGGGAAACAGAAAUACAAGAUCUGAAGAGGAUGAUCUCACCCGGACAUGAGGAUCUGAAGAUGUGUCUGUGGAGAUCUGUGAAGUACCUGGUUACAACUGACUGAAUACCACAUGUUCCCGGUGCACACAGAAGGAAGCACAAAUAGCUCAUCGAUAACAUACUACUGUCUCUCUAAUACAUAUGUGUUAGUAUGCUAUUUAGUCAUUAAAGGGAUAGUUGAACAAAUGUUUCAUUGGUUUGGAAGGGUUAUGCAUGAGGGCGAGUGAACUGUCCGUUUAAGACUAAGUGUGUCUCAUUUUAUAAAAGGCUGUCAUUACAAUGCAAAUAUGAAUCGUCUUCCAUUCAAUAAUGGAGAGCUGUUUACUUCUACUGUUAAUUAUAAAUACUUCACUUUCAGUAAUUCACCAGCAGAAGCUAUAAUAUGUGAACUACAGCUUAAGCAAUUGUUGGCCAACUUUUGUGGAAGUUUACAUUUAUGUGGCUGUUUAAACAUUUUAUAAAAUUUCCAUGUAACAGCAUUAAAAAUUUUAUGCAUGUGUAUUUGUCAA